ACCACCCGUAUCGAAGAGUUUUUUCUCCCCCCCCCCCUGAGUUCGCGGCUAUCUAUAAAGUUUUGGAAGGAAGAAUUUUUUCAUCUAAAGGUUUUUGCGCUUAUGGUGGGUUGAGUGGAUUUUUUGUUGUUUUUUUGAUCUAAAAUUACGCAUUGCGAAAAAAGUGCGCUGAUGGCAGAUAUUCCGGAUGAAAAGUUUAAUCGACGGUCACUAAUUUUAUAACGUACAAACGAAUCCACAGACGGCGCCGGUGCACCUGUUGCCUGGAGUACCAGAGUAGCUGCAGGAGGCGCGCAACGCCGACCAGCCCUGGGAUGUCGUCGGCGUCGGGGGUACAACUACGGCUGUCGUCCGACGAGGCGGCCACCGUGACCGCGGCGGCCAACGCUGCCAAGAGCUACCGGCGGGGCAGUCUCGCGGCCACGCUGCACUUCAUCAACCUCACCACAGGGCACCCGGACGCUUUUGACGUCGCCCGGCGCAGACUCAGCAACGUAGGUGACGUCUUCUCGAGAAAAAUAUCGCGCACCAUUGGCUGGCGGCCCAACUCCGUCUCCGUUGAGAAUACGGUUAAUCAGGGCUCUCAGCUGUGUGCCCAGUACAUACGGCAUCGGUUGAAGCGGUCGGGCAUAUUCCAGCGUAAAUCCGGCCUGAAGCGCAUGGGCAGCGCCAAACUCCUGGGCAGCGACAUGGCCCUGGUGAACGAGGUGCAGCACGACCUGUCGGCCGUGGGCGCCGAGCUCGAAAAGCUCCAGCCGCACUUGUUCGAGAAGAUCGGCAGGCAGAUCGGUUGUGGCAGCUUCGACACGGAGCAAAGGAUCGUCGAGGCGUUGACGGACGUGGCGCGCGAGGUCCUCAGAAGUGGCGAGUGCACCUGGUCGAAGGUCGUGGCUUUGUACGCGGUGGCCGGAGGAAUGGCCGUCGAUUGCGUCAGGCAGGGCAAGAGGGACUUUCUACCUGUUAUUCAGAGGGCCAUGACUGUGGUGCUACAGGACGAUUUGGCUGCUUGGAUUCAGGCCAACGGUGGAUGGAGUGCCUUUGCAAUGCGAUAUAGACCAGCGACGACGAAUCAAAUGGAAUGGCAAAUCAACACGAUGGUAUUAUUCAUAGCCGCUACAACAUUGUUCGUGGGCAUAAUCUCGGUCGCUAUCAGGUUAUAUUUACUGUGAUGAGUCCUUUUUCUACAUUUAUCAAAUGUCAUUAUUUAUUGUACAUAGUG